AUGCGGGAUGCGUGGGAACUCGACAAACGGUUUGUCCUGAGGGUGGUGAUCACACUCGAGAAGAUAGAUGCCUUCUAUGAGGCUCAACCGGUCAAUCACAUAACUGAAUCCGCCGCGUCAGCUCUGCCAUUCCGUCUAUCCCUCAUCUAG